AUUAUAACACGUGGCAUAUGAUCUCAUACCCGAAGGGGUGGCGUGCUUGCAGGUGAUUUUAUUUCUUCUCUUCGACCCAUGGAAACAAGUUAGAGAGGAAGCGCAUUUUUGAGAGCAUCUGAAUACGUCCUUUCAGUUUUUCUAUCUGUGUGGCAGUGGCAGUCACAUGAACUAUAUAUAACUAAAGCAGCCGGACACGCUAACACACACGGAUAGUCGUACUGUGAAACUUUUUUUUUGAUAAGUUGCGGACGGGAAUUGAAAAACACUAUCAGUUCUGUAGUUCAAGAAGCGCAUCGUAAGUUUGGACGUCGAUUACCUCCCUUUCAGUUUUGUCUCGCUGGGCGCAACUGACGGUUGGUAGCCGACAGGAGAGCAGCAGACCGCAGGUGUAUAAGUAACGACGGCUGUUCAGCGUUCGCUGGUGUUAGCAACCGUUUCUUUCCUAUCAACCUGAGCUGCAGUAACUGGUGCACGGGCUUUAUAAAGGCAGUAGGCGGCGGCCUGUGGUCACAGGAUGGCAUUUACAGUGAACUUGAUUGGCCCUUCUCCUUGGGGCUUCAGAAUAUCCGGAGGGAGAGACUUCAAGAAGGCGAUUACUGUUUCCAAGGUGAACGGCGGCAGCAAAGCCGAGCAAGCCAGCCUGCAGCCGGGUGAUGUCAUCGUGGAGAUCAAUGGGGAGAACACUGCGGAGAUGCUUAACGUUGAGGCCCAGAACAAGAUCAAGAACUCCAAGACACAGCUGCAGCUGCUGGUGGACAGGCCUGAGCCCCUCACGGUUCCUGAACAGACCAAUGGGAUCAGCUCUCCCGAGCAGCUGGGCGGCCGUUUCCAGGAGGCGCUGCAGGUCAGUCGAGAUGAAAACCAGAACUACAGGGAGUACUCGCUGUCCAGCCCAGCCUCUCUGUCACCUGGUCCCUAUUCCCCAGAGCCUCCCUCCAGCCCAGACAGGAAGGGAGAGAGACAAACGGUCACCAGCACAAAGAGCCUCCAGCUGCGCUCAUGGUCCCCGGUGGAGAAACCUUCCAGCCACAGGCUGUCCAGGCCACUGUCUCAGGAGUUCUCCUUACCGGACGUCCGAAGCAAUUCUGUGUCCAGCAGGACCCCAACCCCUCCGGGCCGCUACUCCCCCCACAGUCCCGUCGAGAGGGAGCUCUCCGUCUCCCCCAGGCGCAACUCAGAGUUCGCCAUGCAGAGAUUUGACCGCGAUUCAGAGGUCUACAAGAUGAUCCAGGAGAACAAGGAGUCCCGCUCUGCCCCCAGGCAGUCCAACACCUUCCGUAUGCUGCAGGAAGUUCUGGAGGCUGAUGAGAAGGAGGCUGCGGUGCGGUUCCCGGGGAAGCUGUCCCCCAGCCCCCCCAAGCCCAGCUCCUCAGUGGCCGGCAUGCAGAAGUUUCACACCUGCGAGAAGUGUGGCACCAGCAUUGUCACACAGGUGGUUCGCAUCAUGGAUGACCGGUACCGGCACCCAGAGUGCUACACCUGCACGGAGUGCGGCCUCAACUUGAAGAUGCGCGGCCACUUCUGGGUGGGCGAGGAGAUGUUCUGCGAGAAGCACGCCCGAGAGAGGUACCAGGGCCCUGGCAGUGCCCCCCGUGCCACAGUCUCCCCCCGCCACUGAACCACUCCCACGUGCCCCCAGCCCUGGACCUGUGGGCUGGCACCCCUCCUCUACAGACUCAGAGCAAUGGACCAAGGGCUGGGGGUCGUCAUCUUAGAGGUUGUGCCAUUUCUAUAGUGGUUUACUUUUUCUCCCAGUUAACAAUUAAAUUCACCUGCCUGUCACUUACUCUACUCCAAUUCAAGAGAGCAGUUUAUCUGGCAUUUAUUCAUAUUCCAGGCUUUUAGUAUCGUUGUGUGGACUCCCAUGCAGAGGACUCAAACGCGCCCACUCCAGCCAGCUUUUGUACAUCUGUAACAUUUGCACCAUGGUAUUAGGCAUUGAACUGGUUUCCUGUUACUGAAGUUAACAGGAUGACAAAAAAGGAUAAAAACAGGCCCUACCAGAUUAUUUCCAGCAUCUGUAACCAAGCAUCUGCUGAUUCCAACAUGAAGCAGGGAAGAGAACAUGAAAGGAUCCCACAGGAAUCUCAUUGACGGAUAGUUUUGUAUGGUUUUCAUUUGAAGUGAAAGACAUCAUUAAAAAUGUAUUCAGAAGUGUCAGAAAGAUAAUGGCUGAAUUCACACAUCCUUUUAUCACAGUGUGGGGUUUUUAUGUUUUUUCCCAAGUGAAUGGGAAUUUGUUUCCUUGAUGUGAUAAUUCAAUUCCAAGGUGUUUUGCUGUGACCCCUGUCCAAAUAUAUACAUAAAUAAAUAACAGCAAUGGAAAUUGAAAGGACUUGUGAAUUCAGCUCCAACAUAUCACUUCAUAAGCUACACUUCAUUCUUUUUUAAACAAUAUAAGCACAUCCAUUUGCAAACAUAUUUUACCUUGCUAUUUUCUAUUUUCUUUUCACCAACCAAGGGAAUGUCAUACAAGUAAUAAUAGAAAUUGGACUCUGUGUAAAUAGCUUUUCUUUCAGACAGACCUGUAUGUAAAUUGAUAGAAUGCUGUAGCGCUUCUUCUCCAGAGGGUUAUGUGUCUGAUUUGUACCUUUUUUUUUUUUUUUGAUUGUGAAGAUGAGUUUGUUGAUGCUACGGAACAUUCUGUUCUCACCUGAUACCAGUAGUGCUGUUGAGUAUGAACACUUUAAAAUAGAUAUAUUCCUUGCAUAUCAUACUGUAUAGAACACAAAUGAAGGUUGUUCAUCUGGAAACAUGUAAUAAAUGGUAAAAAGAGGGUUUACUGUAUGAAAGUGAUAUGCUGAUUAUUUAGAGACUACAACAAUGCCCUUUUAUGGAAAGCUGAAUGACAUGUAAAGUUUUUCUGCUUAUUCCUUGCUUAUGAUUUUUGCCUAUUCCCUUAAAAACGAAUCAUUUUCGGAUGUUUGUGCUGUAUGGUUAUGUCAUUAUUGUGAAAGUUCAACCAGCGAGACUUCCUGUGCUCUGACAUAGGAAAGUGGUGAGCACUCCAUAACUGAGGGUCUCUGAUCUCUAAUUUAUAACUGUCUGGACAAGCUUAGUGAAGACUACCAAGGGAGCUGUUGCCUCUUCAUUCAUAAAGUUUUGCAGUAGACCCCUGAGACACACACAUACACACACACACACACACACACACACACACACACACACACACA